ACAACAGCAACUGACGCCGCCACCAACUCGCCAACAACAAAAACUCGAUGAAAGCAAUGCCAAUGUCAGACGGGCGAUGAAAGCCAUGACGGAGAAUAAGACCCGGCAUCUUUCCCGAUAUUCCUAUCGUCACAUUUCUAUAUCUUUUCGUAUCCCGAGGCAUCCCAUAUCCUAUUCCUCUAUUUCUUCCCUUUCGCACCUCUUUUUAAAAGUUACCUGAAUGCUGCUUUCCUUUCUCAUCGGUUCCGAUUCUCUGUUUCUGCAAUGUUCGCUCCCGAUCGCCGUUGCUUAUUCGUCGACUUGAUCGGGAAAUCUGAACAGUUGAAUCACGAUCACCGUCCGUUUCACCUUGGAGGCUUGUUUCUAAAUGACCAAACGAUCCCUUCCUCGUUUGUUUCUUUAGUUUCAGUAAAGGAGAAUAAGAGCUCCGUCGGUGACGGCGAUCUGCGUUUGGUCUCGUGUAUUUUUAGCGGAGGGAAGAGUCAAACGCUGCGUUUUGUGAAGCCCGCCGGACGCGGCUGUGGAUUCUUAUCUGUCAGUUUGUCCAGGGAGGAAGGUUAUUAUAGGGGAUCGGAAGAAAAUUGGGGGCAAAAUGGGGAUAAAAAUUUGGCCGCGGAGGAGUUGGAGGCGGUGGAGGAGAAAGCGGAGGAGGUUAAGGAGCGGAGAUCCGGCGCUCUGAAUACAACCAAGCAUCUCUGGGCUGGUGUUGUUGCUGCUGCUGUCUCAAGGACUUUCAUUGCUCCUUUAGAGAGGAUGAAGCUGGAAUAUGUGGUUCGUGGGGAACAGAGGAACCUUUUUGAUCUUAUCAAGAAAAUUGCAACUUCAGAAGGGUUAAAAGGGUUUUGGAAAGGCAAUUUUGUCAAUAUUCUUCGCACUGCUCCUUUCAAGUCAAUCAAUUUCUAUGCUUAUGAUACUUAUAGAGGUCAACUAUUGAAGCUGACCGGAAAUAAGGAAGCCACAAAUUUCGAGCGGUUUGUAGCUGGUGCUGCAGCUGGGAUCACUGCUACUUUGCUUUGCCUGCCAAUGGACACUAUAAGGACAGUAAUUGUAGCACCUGGUGGGGAAGCAUUGGGUGGUGUAAUAGGUGCUUUCCGUCACAUGAUUCAGACAGAAGGGUUCUUUUCUCUUUACAAGGGAUUAGUGCCCUCUGUUGUAAGCAUGGCACCUUCAGGUGCAGUGUUCUAUGGUGUUUAUGAUAUUCUGAAAUCAGCUUAUCUUCAUUCGCCGGAAGGGAGAAAAAGAAUCCGAGACAUGAAAAAACACGGUCAGGAGCUCAAUGCAUUGGAACAAUUGGAGUUGGGUCCCAUUAGAACAUUGCUAUAUGGCGCAAUUGCUGGUGCAUGUUCUGAGGCUGUUACAUAUCCAUUUGAAGUUGUGAGGAGACAUCUUCAAAUGCAAGUUCGGGCAACAAAGUUAAGCCCAUUGGCCACUUGUGUAAAGAUAGUUGAGCAAGGUGGUGUUCCUGCUCUAUAUGCAGGAUUGACUCCUAGCUUACUGCAGGUUCUACCAUCAGCAGCCAUAAGUUACCUCGUAUAUGAGUUCAUGAAAAUAGUUCUGAAGGUGGAGUCGGCAUAGACAUUGUACCUGCUUAACUAUAACUCUGGAAAGGCUUUUACUUGACUGCCUGUGGGUAAUGAAGCAUACUUUUUGGUGGAGUUAUCCACUGUUUGGAUCUCCAAGACGUUGUUGAUAAGUUAAAUGCCAUUUUGCAGCUUAAACUGAGGAAACUGCAGUUCCUUUCAAGCAUUGUUAGCCUUCUUAUAAAGCAAAAUACGUAUGUUUUAUCAACUUUUAUACUAAUCAAAGAUUGAUACCAUAACAUUGAAGUAGAUUAUAUCUUCAUCAAGGUAACGUUUUUCUUUUUCUUUUCACUUGCAUGGUGUAUGAGUAGAACCUAGAACGUUUGGAGUG